AUGUUUGUGACAUCUCUUGCUAUCUUACCAGGUGACAGACUGUUGGACAUCCCAUGUAAAGUGUGCGGCGAUCGCUCCUCGGGAAAACACUACGGCAUCUACUCCUGCGACGGAUGCUCCGGGUUCUUCAAGCGCAGCAUCCACCGGAACCGCGUGUAUACCUGCAAGGCCACGGGCGACCUGAAGGGCAAGUGCCCCAUAGACAAGACGCACCGGAACCAGUGUCGCGCCUGUCGCCUCAGCAAGUGCUUCGACGCCGCCAUGAAUAAGGAUGCAGUACAACACGAGCGAGGUCCUCGGAAGAGCAAGAACAAGGAGGGGGGGCUGGGAGGCCUCAGCAUGGGUCCCGCCGGGGACCACUACCCUACCCAGGACGCCACCAAACUGCCGCCCUUACUCUUCCCGCCGCCCCCGAUGCCCUCCCUCAAACCCCACGCCCCUCACAUGUUCCCCGAGGGCAUCCUGGCACCCACGCCGAUCUUCAUGCCGCACGUGCCCACCUCCCAGCCACACGGUCUGCUCCACAUGCUGUCCUCGGCCGAAAAACUGCAGGAACGUCGCUCUCUGCUCCUACAGAGUGCGAACCCUCCCAUCACCAGCGGGUCGAGCGGAAGUAGCCUGCAGGAGGUGGCCGUGUCCCUCCCGCAGGCUCCGUCGGUGCUGCCCUUCGCUCCUUCGUGGGAUAUCUUCCAGGUGAGGGGGCUCGUCGCACAGUGCUCAGGUUUUCUUCUCCAAGCAUAUAUUCCACCGAACUUGACAUUUAACCUCUUGCCCCUCCUCCUCCUCCUCCUCCUCCUCCAGGAAACCACUGCGAGGUUACUCUUCAUGAUGGUGAGGUGGAUCAGAUCUCUCGCUCCCUUCCAGACUCUAUCGAGGUCAGACCAGUGCGUGCUGGUCGAGGAAUCUUGGAAGGAGCUUUUCCUCGUGCAUCUGGCGCAGUGGUACCUGCCUCUGGACCUCAGCGCCCUCCUGCAGAGUCCGGCAGCUCAUGCCAGGCUGGGCACGGACGAGCGGACGGCCCUGGAAGUGGCCACCAUUCAAGACGUGCUCAGAAGGUUCCGGCAUCUCAGUCCUGACAACACGGAGUGCGGCUGCCUCAAGGCAGUUGUGCUUUUCAAGCCAGAGGCGAGCGGGCUGGUGGACGUCCAUCCCGUGGAGAUGCUGCAGGACCAGGCUCAGUGCAUCCUCAGCGACUACAUCCGCACGCGCCUUCCCCGCCAGCCCACCCGUUUCGGUAGGCUCCUUCUCCUCCUGCCGGGCCUCAAGACGGUUCGGGCGGCCACCGUGGAAGGACUCUUUUUCAAGGAUACCGUAGGAGACACGCCGAUCCACAGGCUGGUGUUGGACAUGUACACGAUGGACAAGAGCGAGCAAGGGAGCGUAUGA